GCGCGCGUGUUGGCACGUUUUCGGGGCUUUUUUUCCUCCAUGGCUCGACGGUCGAUCCAAUAUUCACAGCCACUACGCCGGGGCCAUUAAGUCGUCGAAAGUGCGGUGUGUGCCUUGCCAAAGAAAUACAGAAAGUUGAACACCCCGAACUGCAAUCUCUAUAUCAAGUAUACGCGGCGUUAUCUCGAUCCAAACGAUUGCCGUUGUCGGGUAAUUUAAUCCCAACCUCACGCGGCAAACAACAACAAAUAACAACGUUGUGCAAUUCAAGGUUUAAAUGUGAUUUAAAAUUGUGUCAACCAGUACUCGCAAUCACAGAUUGCGAACAUUAAAAAUGAUAGAUAUGAAAGCGGCCCCAGCAUCAGUGGACCAGUGCGAAAACCAACAACAGUCCGUGUUAAAUACGAUGUUAUGAUAAAGCGAAAAGCAAGCAGCAACCAGAAGCAAGCAACCAGCAACCUGCAACCAGCAACCUGCAACUAGCAACCAGAAACUAGCAACUCAGCGACCGCAGCAACACGAAUUUUCCGUAGAGAGGCCUUCCCUCUCAGCCUUCCAAAUGGCGGACAACAAAGAACCCAACCAGGUGGCGACCACGAGCACCACCACACCCGACCAGGUGGUGACCAGUCGUGCUCCACCAAGUGGCUUAACGCCCUUGAGGCACAGCCAGCUCUCCGAUAGUGGGGCAGAAAGUUGCAACGAAGGCGACGAGCAGGCGCGACUGAUACGCUCCUCGUCAUCUCGGGCCCACAAGUUCAUCAUCAUUCCGGCGACGCCGGGAACUCCGCCUGGAACUGGUGCAGGACCUGGUCCACUGCCCUUUCGACAGACCAGCUCCACCACCGCACUGGCAUCCAUGGCAGCGGCACUCCACAAGCAGCCGAUGCACCGCCAAAUUUCAGUGAAAUCAAGGCCAAACUCGGAGGUAUUGCAGCCAGGCCAGGUGCAGACCCAUCCACCCACAGCGGCAGAGUCCACCUCCACGGUGACCUUCACCAUCGACGAUUGCGAUGGGCCAGCUGCAGCUGCUCCAAUUCCCGCUCCUCUGCCCGUUCCCGCCAUCUCACCCACUCCCGCCACCUUGACCUGCACCACCACCACCACCAUGGCCGGGGACUCGAUGGCCGUCUCCCCACUCAGCAUGGAGCUGCGAUCUCGGAUGGGCAGCCACCACAGCAGCAUGCGGUCCGUGGUUUCAGGCUAUCUUCCGGGUUUGAGCGACAGCAGCGGCAAUCUGGUCGGCGGCAUAUCGAUGCCCCCUUCCGGAUUACAGGCCCCCAAUCCGCUCUAUAUGCAACCGCAGGCCUCGCUGAGCGGCAGUUCCUAUCAGUUUCACGAUCUGGCGGGCAACCAGAUCUACUCCGAUGUGACCUCCGUGCGCUCGCUGGCCUCCAUUGGAAUCGGAUCGACGGAUGGACGUAAGCUGGUCAUCCGCCGGGUUCCCACCACCGCCAAUGAGCUCUUCGACAUGGUCAACCCGCAGACGCCACCGCCCUUGGGCAUCGAUGACGAUGAUAGCUACCUGGACAUGUCCGACGAGACUGCCCACCUGAAGCCUCGCCAGCAGCACUGGGCCAACAAGAUGCAGUUCGUCCUGGCCUGCAUAGGAUACUCGGUGGGUCUGGGAAAUGUGUGGCGGUUCCCCUACAUGUGCUACAAAAGUGGCGGUGGUGUUUUUUUAGUACCUUAUUGCAUAAUACUGUUCAUAUGCAGCAUUCCGCUGCUCUUCAUGGAACUAUCUGUGGGCCAAUACACUGGUCGAGGACCCAUCGGAGCAUUGGGUCAACUGUGUCCCUUGUUCAAAGGAGCCGGACUCGCCAGCGUGGUCGUCUCCUUCCUCAUGUCCACCUACUACAGUGUUAUUAUAGGCUACUCUAUAUACUAUUUCUUCACCUCGUUCAAAACGGAGAUGCCCUGGAUUGACUGCAACAACAGAUGGAACACACCAGACUGCUGGGUGCCGCAGCGCAAGGGGAUAAAUGCCAGUGCUCCGGAUACUUCACGAACUCCCUCCGAGGAAUUCUUUGAAAAUAAGGUGCUCCAGAUAAGUGGUGGGCUGGAGUAUCCUGGUAUGAUGCGCUGGGAGCUGUUUGCCUGCCUCAUCUGCGCCUGGCUGAUGGUCUACUUCGCCACGUGGAAGUCGAUCAAGUCAUCGGCGAAGGUGCGAUACUUCACGGCCACCUUUCCGUUCGUUCUGAUCAUCAUUCUGAUGGCGAGGGCGGUUACCUUGGACGGAGCGGCGGAGGGACUGCGCUUCUUCUUCCGACCAAGGUGGUCAGAGCUUAAGAACGCCAAUGUGUGGAUCAAUGCCGCCUCGCAGAACUUCAACUCGCUGGGCAUCACCUUCGGAUCCAUGAUCUCCUUUGCCAGCUACAACAAGUACAACAAUAACAUUCUGCGGGACACGGUGGCAGUGAGUGCGGUGAAUAUGAUAACCAGUCUGCUGGUUGGAAUCUUCGCCUUCUCCACACUGGGAAAUCUGGCCCUGGAGCAGAACACCAAUGUGCGCGACGUCAUCGGUGACGGACCGGGCAUGAUCUUUGUGGUUUACCCACAGGCGAUGGCCAAGAUGCCAUAUGCCCAGCUCUGGGCGGUCAUGUUCUUCUUCAUGCUCCUCUGCCUCGGCCUGAACUCCCAGUUUGCCAUCGUGGAGGUGGUGGUGACUUCUAUACAGGAUGGGUUCCCGCGGUGGAUCAAGCGUCAUCUGGGAUAUCAUGAAAUCGUUGUGCUGUUCGUGUGCGUCAUCUCGUGUCUGUUCGGAAUGCCCAACAUCAUCCAGGGUGGGAUCUACUACUUCCAGCUGAUGGACCACUAUGCUGCCUCCGUGACGAUAAUGUUCCUGGCCUUCUGCCAAAUGAUCGCCAUCGCCUGGUUUUACGGCACGGGAAGACUGUCGAAGAACGUCAAACAGAUGACCGGCAAGGCGCCUUCUUUUUAUCUCAAGUCCUGCUGGCUUGUCCUGGGACCCUGUCUUCUCUUUGCCAUUUGGGUACUGAGUCUGAUCAACUACCAUGAACCCACCUACCACAAUGGACGCUACACCUAUCCGGACUGGGCCUAUGGAAUAGGCUGGAUGUUCGCCUCCUUCUCGCUCAUCUGCAUACCUGGCUAUGCAGUAAUUAACUUCCUGCGAUCCAGUGGAGAUACCUUUUGGGAACGCAUUCGAAACACGCUUAGGCCAAACAUCUACGAGUGUAAGAUCUGUGGCGAGCACCACUGCGAACACGACUUUCCGGAGCAGGAGCAGUUCAUGUUGGCCCAGGAGCUGGCCACCGUUUACAAGCCCACCAACCACCACCUGCUCCAUCUCGGCCAGAAGUCGGGCUACAAUGCCAUGCAUGCUUCGUCCUCUGCGGAUUAUUCCAAGUCCCAUAUGGAGGCAGGUGGGCCAAGUGGUCAGUAGUGGUCAAACUUGCUCCAACGAUAGCCAUUUCUAAGUAUUUUUAACGAAUCACCUUUGUAAGUUAUCAGCAGAAAUUAAAGUAUUUAAAUAAAUUGUAGAACGAGUAUA